AUGUCCGAGUUAAGUGACGAGGCCAGCGAGUCGGAGCAGCUGGGGGCCAGCCUCUCCCUCUGGCUGGGAGACUCCCUGCUGCGCCCGGAGGAGCUGGACGUCCCGCUGGACCUGCACACCGCCUGCUCCAUCGGCCAGUACGACGUGGUGGCGGAGUGCAUCAAAAAGCGGGAGGCGGACCUGGACAGGAAGAACCUGGGCGGAUGGACGCCGCUCAUGUACGCCGCCUACAUCGGCCAUGACAACAUCGCCAACCUGCUGCUGGAGGCCGGAGUGAACGUGAACGCUGCCACGCCGAAAGGCCUCACGCCUCUGAUGCUAGCAGCUAGCUGCGGGAACGAAAGCAUAGCCUACUUCCUGCUGCAGCAGGGGGCGGAGCUGGAGCUGAGGGACGCCAGAGGCUGGACGGCUCUGCUUCACUGCACCAGCACCGGCCACCAGCAGAUGGUCAAGUUCCUGCUGGACAACAACGCCGACGCCAACGUCAGGGAGCCGGGGUCAGAGUUCACUCCUCUGAUGGAGGCCGCUGCGUCUGGACACGAAAUCAUCGUUCAAUACCUGUUGGAUCAUAAAGUAAAAGUGGGCGAUCGAAACGCCAAAGGAGAGACGGCGCGCGCCCUCGCCAUGAUGUACGGCUACACCAAGAUCGUCGGCCUCAUCGACUCUCGAUCUCCAAGAAUUAAAUCAGGACACUUUGGAGACCUGAGCUCCUCGGACUCGGACGGCUCGCCGCCCAGGACUCGGUCCGGCCGCAGCCGGGUCAAAGGCGUCAGCAUCCACGACGGGCCGCAGGCCAUCGCCAAGUUCAGAGUGGGAGGGAAGAGCAAACCGAGCGAACCGCCCGCUGCGCUGCCCGGCCUCACGGCGUACGGCGAGCAGAGCGAGAGCAUCUGCUACCGGGACGUGACGUCACCGAUCAACGAGCUGGACGGUCAGAGCCACAGCAGCAGAGACGACAGCCCGUUCUUUGAGAGCAACAUGCCCACCAUGAGGAGCGGCAGCAGCAGCAGCGACGGCCUGCCUCACGCGGUCGGACUCAGCUGGGAAGGAUCCGUGGAGAGCAACGAGGACUCGGAUCAGAGCCGGAGGAGCAGCUCCCGCCGGACAAAUAAGAAUCAUUCCAAAGGAAAGACGCGGCAUGCCAACAGCGACGCGGCUCUGUCCGGCGGGACGGGAAACGGCAGCAAACACGCCCACGGCGGGCCGCGGCCAUCUUAUUCCGGUCCGAAGGAUCUGGCAGAGUUCCUGGAGCAAAUUGGCUUCUCCAAAUAUCUCCCACUACUGGAAAAACAGGACAUCGACCUGCAGAUAUUUCUCACGCUGACGGAGAACGAUCUGAAGGAAAUCGGGAUUACGCUGUUCGGUCCCAAACGGAAGAUGACGUCGGCCAUCGCGCGGUGGCACAGCAGCGCGCCGCCGCCCAGCGACGCCCUGGAGCAAGCGUACGCUGACCAGCUGGAAGCAGAGAUGCAGGAAAUGGCCAUCCAGCUCCACAAGCGAUGUGAGGAAAUCGAGAGCCUGGAGAGCCAGGUGUCUCAGGAGAAGGAGCUGCGGACGGUGAUGGAGGGCUGCCUGAUGGAGGACAAGAUGGCCUGGAAGAAGGUCCACUCUGAGCUGGUGGAGAACCACCGGCUGGCUCAGGACAUGAGCGCCACGCUGACCAAGGCCAGGGCCUGCUGGGCCGAGCUGCUGGCCUGCUUCGCGCCCGACCGGAGCAGCGGUUCCGACCCGGCAGAGGGGCUGAGAUGUUCCAAUAUGGUGGAGCUCAUGAAGAAGCUGGAGUCCUUUCAGGACAAAAUGGCAGGGACCGUGGAAACCCUGCAGCAGAGCCUGAGGCGGCUGAGCGCCCCGGAGGUCUCAGAGAGCUGGGAGCGGCCCUAAACGCGCUUCAGAAGGGUUACUGUGAAUAUUUGACGGAGGGUGAGCCAACCACCCCGAACCGCCGCUGGAGGACAGUCACAGCGCCGCAGUGAGUCGAGCAGCACCAGCUGCCUCUGAUUGGCUACCUGUUGCCCGCCUCUGAUUGGCUGAAGGACCUGCGCUUGCCCAGUUGAGGGCGGGAGCAACUCAGUUCCUGCAGGAAAACGACAAGCAGGCAGGAAGAGGUCAUGACCCUCACCGCUUGUGCUGGUGUGUUGCACUCAGCGUGCAAAGGCACAGAGAGGAAGAGAAGGAGGAAGAAAUGAUGGAAAAUUAAUUUUAAUCCGUUUGUUCUAGUUUUAGUGAAAGUCCUGCUGAUUUUGAAUGAAAUUAUUUGUUUUCUUAUAUCUGAAAUCUGUUCCCAGUGGCGCCCCCUGGUGGUUAACAUGAACCGUUUUCAUGGCAUAAAGUAAAUUUCACAAAUUUUGAGAUUAAUCUCAGAAAUAGAUUUUUUACUUGAAAUGUAAAUUUUUUGUUGCAUGACAGCCCAUACACUAAAUCGUAAUAAUGCCACAAGAUUUUUAUUUUUUUAGCAAAAUAUAGAUGCAAUAUUACUUAGAAUUACACUGGAAAACAAAAUUUUACCAAGCAUUUUGCCUCUUUUCUAGUGCAAAUAUGUUAUUACACAAACAAGAAUAAUUUUAGUAAGAUAUGAGCUUGUUUUAUGUCAAUUCCUUAAUAUUGAUUUUAGAAAAGUACUAAUUAUUUCAAUUGUAACAAGACAUUUAAUAAGUCUUAAGAUUACUAGUGAAAUCUGCCAAUUGUCUCACUUUUUAAAACAAGCUGUUAUAUAUCUUGUUAAAAAUGUACUAAUAAGUUAGUUUUGUCUUUUUUCAUUUGUAAAAAUAUAUUUGCACAAGAAACUAAACCAAAAAUACUUGUUAAAAUCUUGUGUUUUUGCAUUGUACGACAGUAGAGUCAAAAUAAUACCAGAAUAAAGUGAAAAACUAUUUGCUCACAUUAAA